GCUUCAGGGUCGACAUCAAGCAUGCCUGCAAACUAUACUGGAACCUGGGACAUAGUGGACAAUGCCAACUUUGAAGGUUACAUGGUUGCUCUCGAAAUUGAUUUUGCCACCCGAAAGAUAGCAGGGAUGCUAAAGCCACAGAAGAUUUUUGAGCAAGACGGAGAUUCUUUUACUGUUAAAACUUUAACAACUUUCCGUAACUACUCUACUUCGUUCAAAAUUGGAGAAGAGUUUGAGGAAAUCACCAAAGGACUGGACAACCGAAAAUGCCAGACAACAGUCAACUGGGACAACGACAAACUUGUGUGUGUCCAGAAAGGAGAGAAAAAGAACAGAGGAUGGACACACUGGAUGGAGGGAGACACGCUUUUCCUUAGGCUUAAAGCUGCCGUUCACUACACUGUCGGCUCUCUCUGUCAACACAUCGCUGCAGACUGCGAGAAACAAAUCACCAAACAGACAAUAGCAGCGAUUGCAGAGACUGCGUUCAGACAAUGUGAUAUAUUUGCCAAGGACUUGGAAGCGUUUGCAAGGCAUGCUAAAAGACACACAGUUACAAUGGAUGAUGUGAAGCUGACAGCGAGAAGAACCACAGCACUGUACAACUACAUUACGAAGAAAAGUGAAGAACUGGCUUUGAACAACCAAGAAUUGAAGGAGAAACGAAAGAAGAACGCUGCCAAGAGGAAGAGUAAAGACAUGGAAGCUGAGGAGGAGAACGAGGUUGAAGACUGAUCAAAAGAAAUGUACGAAAUUCACAUUUUUUUUUAAGUUGCACAAAAGUACUUGUUUUUUGCAUGUAAUAAAACAGCUGUGCAAAUAUUUGUACAUAAAUCACAUUAAAUACUUAACACCAAUAAUGUUUUU